GAUGGAGUCAUCACAAAAGUCGCAACCAGCGACUGAAGCAUACGAAACGGACGUCAAGGAGAUACACGAGAUCAUCUGGAGUUCAACGAGCUCCUCGCGUGCUUCUCUCGAUACAUGUCGCGAAGAGGAUGGCGCAGACAGCCAGAACGAUCACACCGUAGCCUUCGCAGAUCUCGAGCCUACGGCCUCCAGAAGCAUCCCACCUCCACCACAUUCGCAAUCCGAAUGGUUCGACUCGGACUAUGAGAUCAAAUGGGAAGAGCACGAUGUCGAGAACCCUAGGAAUUGUCUGGAGGAAGGCGCACACUAUAUUCGCUUGCACAAUUGCAAGUUGCACAGUCAAUGUUCGUGGCUGGCACUAACCCACUGGAUAGUGNUCUUAUACUCAUCUGCAUAUACCUCAGGCAUCUCAGGCGCACACGGCAUGACUGUGGAGCUUGGUGUACCUAACUCAACGAUAUCCCUUCUAGGCUUGACAACAUACCUCUUCGGCAUGGCUGCUGGAAGCAUGAUCUGGGCACCGNAAAUGUUUGGCCGUCGUCCGGUUUACAUCUCGACUUUGUUCGCGUUCAUGUUCUUCAUCUUCCCCUGCGCAAUCGCCAAGGAUAUCUCGGCUGUAAUUAUAUGUCGCUUCUUCGCUGCGAUGGUCGGUUGUUCAAUCGUAUCAAACUCGCCUGGUACGAUCAACGACAUCUCGACAGAUAAGCACAGGGCUUUGACCUUCAGUAUCUGGUGCGCUGGGCUCAUGAACGGGCCAGUCUUGGGUCCUUUGAUCGGUGGUUUCGUGUUCGACAACCUGGGAUGGCGAUGGAUCCACUGGAUAACCUUGAUACUGGCUGGAGUGUCUUUCCUGUUGAUGGCAACAGUGCCCGAAACAUACGGCCCUGCUCUCCUCAGGCGUCGUGCUGAAAAGAAGAGAAAGGAGACCGGUGACAACCAGUGGUGGAGCAAGCAUGAUGAGAAGCGACCAUUCUGGCCUUUGCUUGGAGCAUCGCUCUGGAGACCCAUCUAUCUUACCGCAUCUGAGCCCAUCCUCUGGUUCUGGGAUCUCUACUUCUUGAUCAUCUACUCGAUGAACUNNGUAAAUUUGACUUUCGUAAUUUACCCAAGAGCAUUCGUGGGACUUCGUGGGUGGUCGAUUGGCCAUACUGGACUCUCAUACCUCGGUAUUGGUCUUGGUAACUUGUUGGUGAUCGUAUGCGAACCGCUUCUCAGAAAGAUCAUCCAAAGAAGGAAGCUAGAUGCCAACGGCAAGCCAACUCCCGAGUCACCGGUGUUCAUCGUAUGUAUCGGUGCGAUCUUGGUCCCUAUUGGAGGGUUGAUGUUCGCCUGGACCUGCACACCGAACGUGCACUAUAUCUGGCCAAUCCUCUCAGGCGUUCCUUUCGGAGCAGGCACAACAGCAACCUUUAUAUAUGGAUCAAACUACAUUGGACGUAGUUACGGGAUGUACGCGGCGUCUGCCAUGGCUGGUAAUGUGUUGACUCGCACUAUUGCUGGUGGUACGCUUCCAUUAGCUGGUCCUGCCAUGUGGAAUGCUCUCGGCCCACACUGGCAAGGAACACUCUUGGGACUGCUGGAAGUCCUCAUCAUCCCCAUUCCAUUUGUGUUCUACAAAUAUGGUCACCUGAUUCGACUGAAGUCAAAGUUCAUCAGCAGGAUGGAGCAAGAAGCCAGAGGUGGAGAGAAGGGAGGAGCA